CUAUAUACUGAAGUCUAUGAUCUUUUGUGUUGUAUUAAAUUUUUUAAACAUAUUCUACGUUUGUAUUAGUGUAUAUUAAACUCUUUUUAUGGUACAUGGACAUCGUUUUAAUUUUUUGUCAAUUAAUUUAGUAAAACUUCAUAAUACUCCCUAAAUUGGUGGAUUAACCAUUAUAAAAUCGUUAUUUUCUAAAGAAAUGAAGAAAACAAAAUUUCGAAACAUUUUUGACCUUCAUGAUAUGUUAUCGAAAGAUGCAACCAGCGACAAGAAACUGUAUCUUCUCAUCUUCGGCAAGCCAUUUGGAGCUACCAGCGACAAAACUGUCUGGCAUUUUUUUGAAAAAAAAAGUAUGAUUCGUAGCCAAAUCUUCGCAAGGUGUGACGGUUGUCCCUUCUAUUUCAAUCUAUAACAUCAUCAUCACUUCCGUUCUUCUAGUGCUUAUUGUUCCUUUAGUAAUUAUUUGCAGUGCGCGGAAUCUGCUUUGAAGUUCUUAGGAGACCUAACUCACAUAUACUUUGUUGGAAAUGCUCCAAUGGCUCACAUGGCUAUACAACCUACAGAAGAAACACCUGAUUUGCCAUCUUACGAGGUAAACAACAUAGCUCUAAUUGAAAGAAAGAAAGAAAAAUGCUCCAAUUACUCACAUGGCUAUACAAUCUUCUUUAUUUUUUUGUAGAGGUUCUUAUUCAGAUGUAGUGUAGUAGCAGCAUCGAAGUACAAGAUAAGUAACUGCGAGGAUUUUAUGUGGGUAACCAAAGAUGAGCUUUUGGCGUUCUUUCCUGAGCAUGCUGAAUUCUUCAACAACACGAUCGUUAGCUGAGUUUUCCUGUUCUCUUUCCUUCUGGAAUAAGAUAGAAACACAAAACAUGAACCGUAAGACAUAUAACACGUGGUGUAUGAAGGUCACUGUAGUAACCAGACCAAACCCAUGUCUCUGGUAUACACGUGAAGGAAUUUUUUGUUGACGUUAAAGUGGCAAUUGAUAUCGGAUUAUUUGCCCAAAAAUAAACGUUUGGUAACGUAGUACACUACUAUCCAGCACGUAGUUUUUAAAGACAACUGCUAAUUACUUUUGUUAGGAAUCAGGAUAUUAGUUAAUAUAUUUUUAGAGUGAGAUUUUUUUUUCUUAAAAAGAAAAUAAAUUUCGGACAUACAAAUGAAGCAAGAACGCAGUACGUGUUGACCAUGACCAUGAUCAAACCAAAACAAACGGAUCUUUCCUUCGAAUAUGCAUAAUGGUGUUUGUAUAUUAUUCCUUUUAAAAAUAAUAAAAAGAUUACAAUGAUCUUUUUUACAACAAAUUAUAGGAAUAUAAAUGUCACGCUCCGCAAUUAAGGUAAUUAAUCUAUCCUUAAAAAGAAACACAAAUCUUAUAUAAUCAAUAGAGCCAUUAGAGAUAAGAAGAGAGAUAGAGAUCUGAUCAUUUUGAAGAUUAUUAUAAAAAAAAAUGGCAUCAUCUGAGCAAAAGUUGGUAGAGGAAAACGGGUCGGUGAUCUCAAGCUUGUUGGAUAAAGCCAAAGGUUUCAUUGCGGAGAAGCUAGCUAAUAUUCCGACGCCGGAAGCCACCGUUGACGACGUUGAUUUCAAAGGCGUGUCACGUCAAGGUGUUGAUUAUCACGCCAAGGUCUCCGUCAAAAAUCCUUACUCUCAAUCCAUCCCUAUUUGUCAGAUCUCUUACAUCCUCAAGAGUGCCACAAGGACUAUCGCGUCUGGCACAAUACCGGACCCGGGUUCGUUGGUUGGGAAGGGCACGACGGUUCUGGACGUACCGGUUAAGGUGGCUUAUGGCAUAGCGGUUAGUCUAAUGAAGGACAUUGGCUCGGACUGGGACAUUGACUAUCAACUUGACAUUGGUCUAACCAUCGACAUUCCUGUUGUUGGUGACAUUACCAUUCCUGUCUCUACUAAGGGGGAGAUCAAGCUCCCUUCUCUUCGCGACUUCUUUUAAUUUCACCUAUUAUUUUCUUAAUUAUAAUCCAGUCUUCAAUAAAACAUAGACGAUUGCAUAUUUCAGUUCUGGAAUUCUCUUUUGUUGGUUUUGUUAUUGGGUUGUUGAAUACUUUUAUUGGCUAUGCAUGUUUUCAUGGAAUGUGAUUUAUAAUUUUAAUUAGAUGUAUGCGUACAGCCGUAAUUGCCUUGUAUGAAUAUGACUAUAAAAUCUAUAUCUCAAAAGAAUGCUUGGACGUAUAGCCGGUUCUGACCAUAGUAUGAAGAAACAUUUGCAUUGAUUUCUAAUUUUUUUCAAAAAAUUAAUAUAGGUAGAUUUGAUGGCUCUUAAAUUAUGAAGAAAAAUUAUUAAAACUUAUGUUAAAAUGUUUAGGGUUUUUAGUAAUUAAACCCCUCAAAUAAAGAUGAAUCGUAAAAAAAAACCCCAACUAAAAAUCAUGUGAAAUAAACCAUCAACUUUAGUUCUGUUAACAUAUGUUACCCUCCGUCUAAAAAACUGUAACGGAGGGUGACAUAUGUUAACGUUUUAUAAGUUGAGGGUUUAUUUCACUGGAUUUUUAGUUCAGGGUUUUUUUUUACGAUUCA